GCCCGGUAACCGCCCCGUCAGCGCCGCUCACGUCACGUGAUGCGUUGCCGGUAUCAUGGCGCUGCGAUCGCUGCUCUUUUGGUGUAUCGGCUUGGGGUUCCUGAGCCUCGGCCUCGACCCACGUCCCCUGGACGCUUCUCCUGCCCCGGUAUCGGACACAUUCCACAGCCUUGGCGCCCGGUUCGGCCGGGCCAACAUCACCUGCUGGACUUGCAGAACGCUCGUCACCGCCCUGGACUUCGCUUUGCAGCUGCAGACCGGUACAGAUGAGGUGGGGUUUGUGGCCACAGAGCUGUGUAUUCACCUGAAGCUCGCGCCCCAGAACAUCUGUGCCCAAGCCAUCAAACUCUUUCAACACGAUGUGAUCAGUGCUUGGGUCAAUUCCAUCCUGAAGCCGUCAGAGAUCUGUGGACUGCUGGUGGGCAGUGAUUGUGGCCACUGGGAUAUCUACUCCGACUGGAGUGUGCCUCUCCCCGGCACUCCGAAGCCUCCUGUUGUCCCUCCGAAACCACCCCACCCAGGAGCACCAGUCACCAGGGUCCUGUUCCUCACCGACAUUCACUGGGACAGAGAUUACACCGAGGGGAGUAACCCAGACUGCAGAGACCCUCUGUGCUGCCGGCCCGGAUCAGGAAGGCCCCUCUCGCACCAGCGGGGUGCCGGCAGGUGGGGGGAGUACAGUAAGUGCGACCUCCCCCUGUGCACCAUCGAGAACCUCCUCCAGCACCUGCAGUCUGAGCACUUCGACGUGGUGUACUGGACUGGUGAUAUCCCAGCCCACAACAUCUGGCAUCAGACCCGGGAAGACCAGGUCCUGGCCCUCAAUACCAUUACUCAGCUCAUCCACCGUUACCUGGGCAACACUACCGUCUACCCAUCCGUUGGCAACCACGAGAGCACGCCAGUCAACAGCUUCCCACCGCCCUUUAUCCACGGCAACGAGUCCUCUGCCUGGCUCUACAGUGCCAUGGUCCAGGCCUGGAAGCCCUGGCUACACCAGAGUGCCCUGGAGACCCUCAGGCGCGGAGGCUUUUACACAGCAAAGGUGCAGCCAGGACUCAGACUCGUCUCCCUCAACAUGAACUUCUGCUCUCAUGAGAACUUCUGGCUGCUGGUGAACUCAACUGAUCCAGCUGACCAGCUGCACUGGUUGGUCAACAUCCUGCAGGAAGCAGAGCAAUGUGGCGAGAAGGUUCACAUCAUCGGCCACAUCCCCCCCGGCCUCUGCAUGAAGGUCUGGAGUUGGAAUUACUAUCGCAUUGUUAACAGGUACGAGGGGACCAUCGCCGCCCAGUUUUUCGGCCACACCCAUGUUGAUGAGUUUGAGGUGUUUUACGAUGAGGAGACCUUGAGCCGUCCGCUCUCUGUAGUGUUCAUCGCCCCGAGUGUCACCACCUACAUCAACCUCAACCCCGGGUAUCGGAUUUAUCAGGUUGACGGCAAUUACCUGGGGAGUUCGCGAUCGGUGCUGGAUCACGAGACUUACAUCCUGAACCUGACGCGGGCCAACGCGAGUGGGCGUCCCAGCUGGACUCUCCUGUAUCGACUGCGGGAGGCCUAUGGCAUGGACUGGGCCUUCCCCGCUGACUUCGAUAACCUCAUCACUCGCUUCCAGAAGGACGAGCACCUCUUCCGGCUGUACUGGUUCCUGUACCACAAGGGCCACACUGCAGAGCUGUGCAGGGACGCCUGCAAGACCGCCACCAUUUGUGCCCUGCGCACUGGCCGAUCAGACGAUCCCGAACUUUGCCGGGAUCUGCUUGAGGAGCUGGAGUAUGGACAGAUUCAGAGGGCCUGGAAGCUUCGGCGAAUGUGCUGAACCCUGUCAGUCCAACCAGUGAACCUCAGGACCAGCCAGCCUCCAACCAUAUGUACAAUAACAGGGGCAGGAGCGAGGAGAGCGGGCAGGGGAGAGGCAGCAGGCGUCCGGGCACUGGGCUCCAAGCUCUUGCGGUUCCGGGGAUGGUGAUGGUGGAAAAUGGGGGAUGAACAGAUACUUAACAUCUAUGAAACACACAACCAGUGUGUUGAUGAGACAAAGCAUCCUGCGGUCCAUUCACCCCCACCCAUACCCACAUCCCUCUGCACCCAGACCAGCUUCAUCCCCACGCCUUGGCACCCAACUAGCCUCUCCCCACAAACUCUUCUGUCUUCCCCCUGCACCCAGAUCAGUCUCUCUUCCCCCCGUGUCUCCCUUUCUUAUCCCCUGCACCCAGAUCAGUCUCUCCUCCCCCCCGUGUCUCCCUUUCUUACCCUCUGCACCCAGAUCAGCCUCUUCCUGCUACCCACUCUUCGUCUUCGGCCUUCACCCCACUUACCUCUCUCGCCUCAGCCUCGCUCCGUUGAAGGGAUCGGUUCCACCGGGUUCCCCUGCGGUGAUUGUCCGUGCAUUGGUCCCAGGCUCAGGGACAGUGCAGAGGGUGGGAGGUGUUUGUUCCCUCGCAUCACCUUCAUCAGGAUCAGCCCGCUGAUCUGCCCUGAAUUCUGCAGGCCAGAGGGAACUUUUUGUACGUGAGACAGUUCCAGAUUUUCACUCCUCUGUGUGUAGGUGUGAAGAUCAGAAUAGCUGAACUGUCCUGUCAGAAACAUCUCUCACUGCAGAACUUGCAGAUGUUCUGAGAGUGGAGCUGAGGUGACCUAGCUGUGUGUGAUGGGAUGCUGUAGAAGGAACUUCACUCCAUGUGUGACCCCGGGAGUGUGUGAUGGGAUGGUGUGGAGGGAGCUUCACUCUGUGUCUGACCCCGGGGAUGUGUGAUGGGAUAGUGUGGAGGGAGCUUCACUCUGUGUCUGACCCCGGAAGUGUGUGGAGGGAGAUUCUCUCUGUGUCUGACCCCGGGAGUGUGUGAUGGGAUGGUGUAGAGGGAGCUUCACUCUGUGUCUGACCCCGGGAGUGUGUGAUGGGACGGUGUGGAGGGAGCUUCACUCUGUGUCUGACCCCGGGAGUGUGUGAUGGGACGGUGUGGAGGGAGCUUCACUCUGUGUCUGACCCCGGGAGUGUGUGAUGGGAGGGUGUGGAGGGAGCUUCACUCUGUGUCUGACCCCGGGAGUGUGUGAUGGGACGGUGUGGAGGGAGAUUCUCUGUGUCUGAUCCCGGGAGUGUGUGAUGGGACAGUGUGAAGAGAGCUUCACUCUGUGUCUGACCCCGGGAGUGUGUGAUGGGACGGUGUGGAGGGAGAUUCUCUCUGUGUCUGACCCCGGGAGUGUGUGAUGGGACAGUGUGGAGGGAGUUUCACUCUGUGUCUGACCCCGAGAGUGUGUGAUGGGACGGUGUGGAGGGAGAUUCACUCUGUGUCUGACCCCGGGAGUGUGUGAUGGGACGGUGUGGAGGGAGAUUCACUCUGUGUCUGACCCCGGGAGUGUGUGAUGGGACGGUGUGGAGGGAGAUUCUCUCUGUUUGACCCCGGGAGUGUGUGAUGGGACGGUGCGGAGGGAGAUUCUCUCUGUGUCUGACCCCGGGAGUGUGUGAUGGGACGGUGUGGAGGGAGCUUCACUCUGUGUCUGACCCCGGGAGUGUGUGAUGGGACGGUGUGGAGGGAGCUUCACUCUGUGUCUGAUCCCGGGAGUGUGUGAUGGGACGGUGUGGAGGGAGAUUCUCUCUGUGUCUGACCCCGGGAGUGUGUGAUGGGACGGUGUGGAGGGAGUUUCACUCUGUGUCUGACCCCGGGAGUGUGUGAUGGGACGGUGUGGAGGGAGAUUCACUCUGUGUCUGACCCCGGGAGUGUGUGAUGGGACGGUGUGGAGGGAGCUUCACUCUGUGUCUGACCCCGGGAGUGUGUGAUGGGACGGUGUGGAGGGAGCUUCACUCUGUGUCUGACCCCGGGAGUGUGUGAUGGGACGGUGUGGAGGGAGCUUCACUCUGUGUCUGACCCCGGGAGUGUGUGAUGGGACGGUGUGGAGGGAGAUUCUCUGUGUCUGAUCCCGGGAGUGUGUGAUGGGACAGUGUGAAGAGAGCUUCACUCUGUGUCUGACCCCGGGAGUGUGUGAUGGGACGGUGUGGAGGGAGAUUCUCUCUGUGUCUGACCCCGGGAGUGUGUGAUGGGACAGUGUGGAGGGAGUUUCACUCUGUGUCUGACCCCGGGAGUGUGUGAUGGGACGGUGUGGAGGGAGAUUCACUCUGUGUCUGACCCCGAGAGUGUGUGAUGGGACGGUGUGGAGGGAGAUUCACUCUGUGUCUGACCCCGGGAGUGUGUGAUGGGACGGUGUGGAGGGAGAUUCACUCUGUGUCUGACCCCGGGAGUGUGUGAUGGGACGGUGUGGAGGGAGAUUCUCUCUGUUUGACCCCGGGAGUGUGUGAUGGGACAGUGUGGAGGGAGAUUCACUCUGUGUCUGACCCCGGAAGUGUGUGGAGGGAGAUUCUCUCUGUGUCUGACCCCGGGAGUGUGUGAUGGGACGGUGUGGAGGGAGCUUCACUCUGUGUCUGACCCCGGGAGUGUGUGAUGGGACGGUGUGGAGGGAGCUUCACUCUGUGUCUGAUCCCGGGAGUGUGUGAUGGGACGGUGUGGAGGGAGAUUCUCUCUGUGUCUGACCCCGGGAGUGUGUGAUGGGACGGUGUGGAGGGAGUUUCACUCUGUGUCUGACCCCGGGAGUGUGUGAUGGGACGGUGUGGAGGGAGAUUCACUCUGUGUCUGACCCCGGGAGUGUGUGAUGGGACGGUGUGGAGGGAGAUUCACUCUGUGUCUGACCCCGGGAGUGUGUGAUGGGACGGUGUGGAGGGAGAUUCACUCUGUGUCUGACCCCGGGAGUGUGUGAUGGGACGGUGUGGAGGGAGAUUCUCUCUGUUUGACCCCGGGAGUGUGUGAUGGGACAGUGUGGAGGGAGAUUCACUCUGUGUCUGACCCCGGGAGUGUGAGAUGGGAGAUUCUCUCUGUGUCUGACCCCGGGAGUGUGUGAUGGGACGGUGCGGAGGGAGAUUCACUCUGUGUCUGACCCCGGGAGUGUGUGAUGGGACGGUGUGGAGGGAGCUUCACUCUGUGUCUGACCCCGGGAGUGUGUGAUGGGACGGUGCGGAGGGAGUUUCACUCUGUGUCUGACCCCAUGAGUGUGUGAUGGGACGGUGUGGAGGGAGAUUCUCUCUGUGUCUGACCCCGGGAGUGUGUGAUGGGACGGUGUGGAGGGAGCUUCACUCUGUGUCUGACCCUGGAGUGUGUGAUGGGACGGUGCGGAGGGAGAUUCUCUCUGUGUCUGACCCCGGGAGUGUGUGAUGGGACGGUGUGGAGGGAGAUUCUCUCUGUGUCUGACCCCGGGAGUGUGUGAUGGGACGGUGUGGAGGGAGCUUCACUCUGUGUCUGACCCUGGAGUGUGUGAUGGGACGGUGUGGAGGGAGUUUCACUCUGUGUCUGACCCCGGGAGUGUGUGAUGGGACGGUGUGGAGGGAGCUUCACACUGUGUCUGACCCCGGGAGUGUGAGAUGGGACGGUGUGGAGGGAGAUUCUCUCUGUGUCUGACCCUGGGAGUGUGUGAUGGGACGGUGUGGAGGGAGCUUCACUCUGUGUCUGACCCUGGAGUGUGUGAUGGGACGGUGUGGAGGGAGUUUCACUCUGUGUCUGACCCCGGGAGUGUGUGAUGGGACGGUGCGGAGGGAGCUUCACUCUGUGUCUGACCCCGGGAGUGUGUGAUGGGACGGUGUGGAGGGAGAUUCUCUCUGUGUCUCACCCCGGGAGUGUGUGAUGGGAUGGUGUGGAGGGAGCUUCACUCUGUGUCUGACCCCGGGAGUGUGUGAUGGGACGGUGCGGAGGGAGCUUCAUUCUGUGUCUGACCCCGGGAGUGUGUGAUGGGACGGUGUGGAGGGAGUUUCACUCUGUGUCUGACCCUGGAGUGUGUGAUGGGACGGUGUAGAGGGAGAUUCUCUCUGUGUCUGACCCCGGGAGUGUGUGAUGGGAUGGUAUGGAGGGAGCUUCACUCUGUGUCUGACCCUGGAGUGUGUGAUGGGACGGUGUGGAGGGAGAUUCACUCUGUCUGACCCUGGAGUAUGUGAUGGGACGGUGCGGAGGGAGAUUCUCUCUGUGUCUGACCCCGGGAGUGUGUGAUGGGACGGUGUGGAGGGAGCUUCACUCUGUGUCUGACCCUGGAGUGUGUGAUGGGACGGUGUGGAGGGAGAUUCUCUCUGUGUCUGACCCCGGGAGUGCGUGAUGGGACGGUGCGGAGGGAGCUUCACUCUGUGUCUGACCCCGGGAGUGUGUGAUGGGACGGUGUGGAGGGAGAUUCACUCUGUGUCUGACCCCGGGAGUGUGUGAUGGGAUGGUGUGGAGGGAGCUUCACUCUGUGUCUGACCCCGGGAGUGUGUGGAGGGAGACUCACUCUGUGUCUGACCCCGGGAGUGUGUGAUGGGACGGUGUGGAGGGAGAUUCUGUCUGUGCUUGACCCCGGGAGUGUGAGAUGGGAUGGUGUGGAGGGAGCUUCACUCUGUGUCUGACCCCGAGAGUGUGUGAUGGGACGGUGUGGAGGGAGCUUCACUCUGUGUCUGACCCCGGGUGUGUGUGAUGGGACGGUGUGGAGGGAGAUUCUGUCUGUGCUUGACCCCGGGAGUGUGAGAUGGGAUGGUGUGGAGGGAGCUUCACUCUGUGUCUGACCCCGAGAGUGUGUGAUGGGACGGUGCGGAGGGAGAUUCACUCUGUGUCUGACCCCGGGAGUGUGUGAUGGGACGGUGUGGAGGGAGCUUCACUCUGUGUCUGGCCCUGGGAGUGUGUGAUGGGACGGUGCGGAGGGAGUUUCACUCUGUGUCUGACCCCGGGAGUGUGUGAUGGGACGGUGUGGAGGGAGAUUCUCUCUGUGUCUGACCCCGGGAGUGUGUGAUGGGACGGUGCGGAGGGAGUUUCACUCUGUGUCUGACCCCGGGAGUGUGUGAUGGGAUGGUGUGGAGGGAGCUUCACACUGUGUCUGACCCCGGGAGUGUGUGAUGGGACGGUGUGGAGGGAGAUUCUCUCUGUGUCUGACCCCGGGAGUGUGUGAUGGGACGGUGUAGAGGGAGAUUCUCUCUGUGUCUGAUCCCGGGAGUGUGUGAUGGGACGGUGUGGAGGGAGAUUCUCUCUGUUUGACCCCGGGUGUGUGUGAUGGGAGAUUCUCUCUGUGUCUGACCCCGGGUGUGUGUGAUGGGACGGUGUGCAGGGAGAUUCACUCUGUCUGUCCCCGGGUGUGUGUGAUGGGACGGUGUGGAGGGAGAUUCACUCUGUGUCUGACUCCGGGAGUGUGUGAUGGGUCGGUGUGGAGGGAGAUUCACUCAGUGUCUGACCCCGGGAGUGUGUGAUGGGACAGUGUGGAGGGAGAUUCACUCAGUGUCUGACCCCGGGAGUGUGUGAUGGGACGGUGUGGAGGGAGAUUCUCUCUGUUUGACCCCGGGAGUGUGUGAUGGGAGAUUCUCUCUGUGUCUGACCGCGGGAGUGUGUGAUGGGACGGUGUGCAGGGAGAUUCACUCUGUCUGUGCCCGGGUGUGUGUGAUGGGACGGUGUGGAGGGAGAUUCACUCUGUGUCUGACUCUGGGAGUGUGUGAUGGGUCGGUCUGGAGGGAGAUUCACUCAGUGUCUGACCCCGGGAGUGUGUGAUGGGACGGUGUGGAGGGAGAUUCUCUCUGUUUGACCCCGGGAGUGUGUGAUGGGAGAUUCUCUCUGUGUCUGACCGCGGGAGUGUGUGAUGAGACGGUGUGGAGGGAGAUUCUCUCUGUGUCUGAUCCCGGGAGUGUGUGAUGGGAGAUUCUCUCUGUGUCUGACCCCGGGAGUGUGUGAUGGGACGGUGUGGAGGGAGAUUCUCUCUGUUUGACCUGUGCAGUUCCUACGCUGCUGUGUGUUCCUUUGUUAUACAUGUGUGGUAACUCUGUUCUACCUGCACUAAUGUAUUUCACUUUAAUGAACUUGAAUUUGUGCCAAUAAUUUCAGAUUGAAGCCUUGAACCGUAAUUGUGAAUGUUUGAGUGAUAAUCUGAUGAAAUCGAGUGCAGUGAUGAUUAUACUGAUGAAAUGGUGUGUUUUCCAGACUGAUGCAAUAAACACUCAUUA